AUGUCGUCCGGCUUCGUGUCGGCAGGCUCAGAGGGGACCCAACCUCGUAAUGAUGAUGACUGGCAUAAGGCACGGCUAGCCAUAGAAGAGACUCGUAGGCCGAGACAAGAAGCCAACACCCAGGAGGGCGGCAAGAGUCUCUACGAGGUCCUUCAGCAGAACAAAACUGCUAAACAAGAAGAAUUUGAAGAAAAGAAUCGCUUGAAAAAUCAAUUUAGGUCUCUUGAUGAUGAUGAAGCCGACUUUCUGGAUAGCGUUCUGGAGAGCACAAGAGCUAAGGAGGCUCAGGUGAAGAAGGAGACCGCCGAACAGCUUGAUACCUUUCGCAAACAACGAGAAGCUGCCGAGGAUGUACUUUUUGGAGGAAAUGCUGCCAUCGAGAAGAGUGACACCAGAGACAAGCCACUGGCCACAGAGGAGUCGUGGUCCGCUUCCUCGCGCAAGAGGCGUCGUGUAAAACAAAAAGAUGAUGAAGGAAGCGGCAAGCUUCGAAAGAAGUCCUACACUACAGAGAGUCCUCGGACCAGGCUGGUCGGCUCGGAAGGGCUGCAUACCACAGCUACUGGUGGAGGGGCCAUUGAAAUUACUUCAAGCGACAACAUCAAACAUGGCACUGGCUCAGCGAAGUCGGAGCCGGCAGACGUCAAUCCCUCAAGGACGUCAAUCACCCCAGCACCAAUUACUCCAGCUACCCUAGGACUAGGUGCUUACAGCUCAGAUGACGAUUGA